AUGAAAUUAAACCUUUUCACGGACCACAGGAUGUACACAUGAUUGAAGGGAAAAUAAUUGCGCACAGGACACAGGAGUUAACAUAUGUUUAUCUUCAAUACCAUUGGCUGAGCAAUACCAAUCAGAUACUAACUGGAAGUGCCUCCAAAUAUGGAAAUUCUUGCUCAUAACAUGACGGGAGACUCUGCAGAGAUGCAAUACUGUGUCCCACACCAGAAAGGAUCCUGCCUACGAAGUCAAACACUGAUAAUCAUAAAAGUGGCCAUGUAUAUAUGCAUGGGUUUCAUCAUUCUUAUGACUGUCUGUGGGAACCUGCUGGUCAUCAUCUCCAUCUCUCAUUUCAGACAGCUCCAUUCUCCAACAAACCUCAUCAUGCUCUCUUUAGCAUUCAUUGACUGGUUCUUGGGGGCUUUCAUUAUGCCAUGUAGCAUGAUCAGAUCUGUGGAAAACUGUUGGUAUUUUGGAGAAACAUUUUGUAAGAUACACUCCAGCGUUGACAUCAUGAUGUCCAUUGCAUCCCUCUUGCACCUGGGUCUCAUCUCUGUUGACAGAUAUUUGGCCAUCUGCAAGCCUCUUCAGUACAGGACCUCAGUAACCAUGCACAAGGUAGCAGCCCUUAUUGGAAUCACCUGGAUGUUUUCCUUUGCAUUUGGGUUUGGGGUGAUUCUCUCUAAAAUGAAUUUAGUUGGUGUGGAGGAGUUGUUCAUAAACGCUUGCACAGGAACAUGUUAUUUAUUUUUCAAUAAGCAAGGGGGGCUGGUGGUUGCUUUUCUGGGAUUCAUCAUGCCAUGCACAGUGAUGGUGGUUCUCUAUAUGAAGAUUUUAUAUGUUGCAAAUGUACAAGCCAGAAAGAUUAACUGCAGCCUGACAAUGACAGGUGCAAAACAAGACAAAAAGAACUGUGCACCUGAACAGAGAGAGAAAAAGGCUGCAAAGACCCUUGCCAUUGUACUUGGUGUCUUUCUGUUGUGCUGGCUGCCAAUUAUGAUGGUGCUAAUUGUUGAUCCUUUCUUCAAUUUUUCUACUCCUGUUGUUGUAUUUGAUGGACUAAUGUGGUUGGCGUACUUUAAUUCUUCCUGUAACCCUCUCAUUUAUGGAUACUUCUAUCCCUGGUUCAGAAGGGUGUUCAAAAUUAUAAUAUCAGGAAAGGUUUUUCAGAAUGGCUCUUCAUUACUAAACAUUUAUGCAGAGAACAAGCGAUAACAAAAGACCCUUUACAGUUUGUCAUAUACAGAUCACGUUUUUCUAUUUGGUAUUUUAUCUCAUACUCAUAUUUUUCAUAUUACUGAAAUUGUUAAGCAUGUGAUG